AAACGUCCUGGCUCCCCAAAGCAGCACGAGAGGUUAAAUGCAAAACCUCCACUUCCAGAUAAUGGGGUAUCACAAUUUCGGAAAGGGGCAUACCACCAGUCACUUGAUUUUGUGCAGUCACUGUGCGAUACUUCCUAUGGAUUAGUAGACGUGUUCCCAGUUGAGGAUCGCAAAAGUGCUCUUUGUGAGUCUCUAGCGGAGAUCAAUGCACAUCUAGCUGAUGCUCAAAACAGUGGAGGAGUGUGCUUUCCAAUGGGAAAGGGAAUGUAUCGUGUUCUUCACAUACCUGAAGAUGAAGCUGUUCUCUUGAAUUCAAGAGAAAAAGCUCCUUAUUUGAUAUGCGUUGAAGUUUUAAAAUGUGAAAGCCCCAAUACAAAAGACACAUCCAAUCCUCAAAAGCUCUCAAAGGGAGGGAUCCCUCUGGCAAAUGGAGAUGUUCUAUUGCCAAAACCUCCUCCUUGGGCUUACCCUCUGUGGACAGGACAAGAUAUGUACCACAAUGGUUUUGACAGGAUGUCAAUGUCUGCAUCUCAGGCCAUAGACCAAGCAAUGACUCAAUUAUGGGAUGCCAAAGUGAAAUUUGUGCGAGUGAAUUUUUCGGUGGAGAAGCAAUCAGAGUCUGCAAUAGAUCAUUGCAGCCUUGGUUCUGCUUCAGAAAGUUGUAGUCAAUGUAGAGAGGUCCCAUCUCUUCCAUUGAAGUCAGAUGCUUUUGAUCCAGAAUGGGUACGGGUUAUCUUGACUGUAGAUCCUGGUGUUAGGAUGGAGGAUAUAGUGGACCAAGAUCCACCAAGAAAGAAAGAGCAUCGAAGGGUUCCCAGUACAGUAGCUAUCGAGGAAGUCAAGUUAGCUGCAUUAAAAGGAGAAGCACCUCCUGGACUCCCUUUGAAAGGGGCUGGUCAGGAUUCAUCUGAUGCGCAACCAAAGGUCACAAAUGGUGGUCUUCCCAAGGUUAGUGAUGCACUUUCUGGAGAACUCUGGGAAGUCAAGAAGGAAAGAAUACGCAAAUGCUCCGUUUAUGGGAAAGUACCUGGCUGGGACUUGAGAUCUUUCAUUGUCAAGAGUGGUGAUGACUGCAGACAGGAGCAUCUUGCUGUACAACUUAUCUCCCACUUCUACGAUAUCUUCCAGGAAGCUGGUCUGCCGCUUUGGUUGCGUCCUUAUGAAGUCUUAGUUACAUCCUCUUACACUGCACUAAUUGAAACAAUUCCAGAUACGGCCUCAAUUCAUUCUAUUAAAAGUAGAUUUCCUGACAUCACAAGUCUACAUGACUUUUAUGUUGCCAAGUAUCAGGAGAAUUCUCCAACUUUUAAGCUCGCCCAGAGAAAUUUUGUCGAAAGCAUGGCUGGGUAUUCUCUGGUUUGCUACCUUUUGCAGAUAAAGGAUCGACACAACGGAAAUCUUCUAUUGGAUGAAGAAGGACAUAUCAUACACAUCGACUUUGGUUUCAUGCUAUCUAAUUCACCUGGUGGCGUAAAUUUCGAAAGUGCACCAUUUAAAUUAACCCGCGAACUCCUUGAGAUCAUGGAUUCUGAUGCUGAAGGAGUUCCAAGCGAGUUCUUUGAUUAUUUCAAAGUUCUAUGCAUCCAAGGGUUUCUCACAUGUCGGAAGCACGCAGAGCGUAUAAUUCUUCUUGUUGAGAUGCUACAGGAUUCUGGUUAUCCUUGUUUCAAGGGUGGUCCCCGAACAAUUCAGAACCUAAGAAAGAGAUUUCAUCUUAGUUUAACAGAAGAGCAAUGUGUUUCCUUGGUACUUUCUUUGAUUAGCAGUAGCUUGGAUGCAUGGCGUACUCGCCAAUAUGAUUAUUAUCAGAGGGUCUUAAAUGGGAUAUUAUGAGGUCAAAUUGAGUUAUCCACCACGAAAGGUGACGAUAUGUGUGAAGAGAGAGUAUCACUAACUUGUUUGCUAAGAGGUGCUUGGUUGGGAAAGAGCAAUUCUCUGAUGCAGUCGGAAAUUAAAGGAUUGCUGUCUUGCCAUUUGCCUCUCUUCUGAGGAAUUUGUAAUUGUACCUCCGGAUGUUGUAUGAAAUGUACCACAUGCAAGCUCUCCAAGAGUUUUAAUUUCUAGUUUCACUCAAUUUUCAAGAUUAUUGGACAAAGGCAAGGGUGUCUCAAGAAUCGAGAUUUUGUCAAGUAUACCCAUCUGUGGGUACAUACUGUACAGAGCUGUGUACGAGAUGCGACAGAGGUGGCUAGCUGACAGAACGCCGGAUAAAGCUGUUGGGAUUGUUUGAAUUUCAUGAGUUUGCUGAUAGGUUGUGGUGCAGCAUGAAAUUUGGUUUGUACAAUAGCUUCUUUGCUUUCGAUUUUGGUUUUCAUUCUUUUUUUCUUUUUCUUUUGGCAAAAAGCAUUACCUAGAUAGCAGCAUAGGGAAAUCGCAGCCUCUGCUAUUUCUUGAUUUUCAGUCUUUGAUUCUUUCUGUGAAGCAGCAGAGUUGUAUUGUAUCAUAUCUUUUGUUGACCACAGCUCUUCAUAGUGAAAUUUAUAACCCCUUUUGUGUUUACA